UGCACUCACGCAACACAGUCGAAUCUAACGUUAGCCGACGCUGGCAAACUUGAUCUCUCAUCACCGCUCUUUUUCAUGGUCGCAAUUUGAUGGGUGGAGCUUGUGGUUCGGUGUGAUGAAUUGCUGCGCCAGGAGGGAUCAGAAUUGGAGUUGCAGCGGAUGGGCCAGUGCGGGUUGCAGUUGUUGCGUCGGGGGAUAGAGAUUCGAGAGAAACUUGAAGGCUGGGUUGAUUGUUGGAAGCAGCGCGGUUGCCGCUCGGGCAGGCCGAGCGUGAGAAGGGUUUGAGAGGGAGUGGAGAUGACUGUGGCAAUGGUGGGCGUGGCAAAUUUGUGCGAUUGUGCUACUGCUGCUUGUUUUGCCUCCUCCGCUUCGCUGAUCCCCUCACGUCGUAUCAAAGGGGCUUAUAGGAACGUGAUCGACAAAGCGCAACGAAGUUGGUCGGCAUUGGCUGUAAUUUCUCCUGGAAUGUGCCCUGGAAGUCAUAAAAUGACACAUUCAAGAGAGCAAACAUGCUGGCAUCACCAAACCCCAGUUACUGCAAAACACAGAAGGGCAAACCUGUUUGUUAGGAAGCAAGAAAGCGUUCCCUUGGUAACGCUCACCGAUCCUUCUGGAGUGCCACAUCACCUGAGUUCAUUUUUACAACAACCUGCUGGCACAAAGUCCAUGCUCAACACAAAAGCUUUGUUGAGAUAUGAGUAUGUGGGUAACGAUGUGUACCGGUGCUACUUGCCGAAAGUGGUGCUCCUCAACUUCGAGGUUGCUCCCAUUGUCGACCUCUUUGUUGCUGCGAGUGACAAGGAUUGCCGCGUGGAGAUGCGACAAUGCAUGUUUCAAGGUUCCAAAGCUGUCGAGGACCAAAACAAACGUUUUUCAGCCAGCUUGAAGAAUCAUUUAACAUGGCACGGCACCCCUGAAGGAGAUCAAGUGCUUAACUUGGACACUGAACUCGAAGUCUCCUUGGAGGUCUACACCGUUCCUUUUACUAUGCUGCCUCUUUCAGCGGUGGAAGUUCCUGGCAAAGCAAUCAUGCAAGCAAUGCUGGACCGGUUAAUCCCAUUGUUUCUGGAUUACCUUUUCGUGGACUAUAAGAGAUGGGUGGAUGAGGAAGCAUUGGGUCUCGGCGUAACCACUGUCCCUCUUUCGCACGCCUUGGAGUCGAGUUCCAGUUCACGGGCAGAUUGCCAACCUUUAGAAAUUUCUUCAUAAACAGAGCAAUGGGAGAAUCUUUGACUAUAGCAACACAUUGUUGUAUUGAUCCAAAGCGCUUGGCAGCUGUAGAUUAUAAUCAGCUGACGCAAUUUUCAGUGCCCAGUUGGUCGAGCUGUUGUACCAUGAUAAUGAAGUAGCAAAACAGGUCAAACUGAUGGAUAUAAGUUAAAUAGGAUAGCAUUAUUUAAGACCUGAAAACUGCUGGUUCAAUUAGGUUGCGAUUUUACUGUCUUGAUAAAUUAUCUUCGAAGUUGCAUGCUUUAAAUCUGACGUCAAAUCUUUGCCGAGUUC